GAGCAACGUAAGAAAAUAGAAUAUUUUAAUUAUUACGAAAUUUGAAGUCCAUAGCGCAUAACCAUGGAUGAUACGGAUAGUGAGUGUUCCUUUCAUUCAGCAAACGAGGACCCGCCAGAAUGGACACUCCUGCAAUAUCCAUUAUUGCCGCAAGAAUUAAAUUUAUUAAACCGACAGCUAGAGAAGAUUGUGUACAUUUACCAAGCAGAUGCUGCCUACCACAAGGCUUUGAAAGACAUAUCAAAUGAGACAAGAAUCUCAAUAGUUAUGGAGCCGAGUUUCUAUGGCCGACAUCGAGCUGCUUCUGUAUUGACUAUAGCCACCGACCAACAGGCAUAUGUUUUCGACAUUUUAUCCCUGGGUGCCAUUUUCCCAGACUUGGCUCACAUAUUGACGGCGGACAGCCCAAAGAAGGUAGUCCACUAUGGUCAUCGCAUCGCUGACCAACUGUAUUAUCGACACAGUCUCGAAUUGAAUGGAACUACAGAUACAUUUGUGGCCACUUGCUUAGCACGACAGGACAACAAGCCCUGCACCCUAGCCGAGGCCAUAUCAAUGGUUUUUGAAUUGCCAUUAAAUGAACUCCUCUGCGAGGAGCUAUUAGGCACCACCUUAUCCCGCCAGGAUUUUACUGGCCGACCCUUAUCGUCAGGCCAAGUCAUUUAUCUAGCUAAAAUGGCCAUUUUACAAAGCAAAUUAUUAGAUCGGCUAAUGAAUGACAAAAUGGCAACAAGUAUUCAACAAAUAUCUAAAGUAUUCAGUAAGCAAUUUCGUGAUAAUCCUAUAUCAAGUGAAGUUGCCUUGGGUAUGGCUCCACUAAGUCGCUAUGGUUUCCAUUGCAUCGAUCAACAAUACAACAGUUGUUAACUACUCAAUUACAAAAAACGGAUAUCCUUAAAAAAUUAGAUAGUAAGCAUUAGCAAUUUAAUUUAAGCAUGCUUCCGAAAAUCAGAUUCAAAGAAUCGCAAGGUAUUUUUAUGAUAUACAUACAUUUCAAGAACAGUCACUCGAUACCAUCUUUAAGACAUUUCAUUUUUCCUUACAAUUUACAAGAAGCUAACGAAGUAUAUAUAAUAAUAUAAAGAUGCAUUCAAAUAGGAAUUUUUUGAUUCCUACAUUAAGUGUAUUAAGUAUAUAUUUAUGAAGUUACAAGCGAUCAAAUUUCAAAUGUUACAAAACUUUUGAGACUUUUGGUAAUUGCCGGAAGAGUGCCCAAAAAUAUGUUUUUUGCCAAAAUAUGGUAAACGAUGCUUAAGAAAAAAGACAAAAACAAACAGUCACUCAUUAUUUAUACACUUUUAAUUUAAUCAUUAAUAUGAAAGUAUGAAUUUUAGUUGAUUCAACAGAUAUGUAUAAGAUUACAGAUUCAAUUAUACAUGUGUGUCACAGAAAUCUGUAAAGAUUUUGAGGCAGAUUGUUUUUGAAAUCUACCAAAAGAAAUGUCGGUUAUCGAUUUCUCUGAAACACCUGAUAUAUAGAUAUCAUAGCUCCUAAAUAACUGUUGACACUUUUUUUCUCUAAGCUCUAUAAGAUAUAUAUAUGUACGUAUAUACUGAUAAAUUAUUUUGCAUCUUAA